UUUCGGUCGUCUACGGUUGGCCUGUCUUUGGCUCAGCUACUCUGCAGCAUCUGUCCAGCGUCUUGUUUCUCCGGGCCGCUUUAACGUCGAAAAUGGCCCUUCACGUCCCCAAGGCCCCGGGCUUUGCCCAAAUGUUAAAGGACGGCGCGAAGCAUUAUUCCGGUCUAGAAGAAGCAGUUUUUAGAAAUAUCCAGGCAUGCAAAGAACUGGCACAGACCACAAGAACUGCGUAUGGUCCAAAUGGCAUGAACAAAAUGGUCAUCAACCAUGUGGAGAAGCUCUUUGUUACCAAUGAUGCUGCUACCAUUCUGCGAGAGCUUGAGGUGCAGCACCCAGCUGCUAAGAUGAUUGUGAUGGCAUCCCAUAUGCAGGAACAGGAGGUUGGGGAUGGCACUAACUUUGUCCUGGUGUUUGCUGGCGCCCUUCUGGAGCUGGCAGAGGAGCUGCUCCGAAUGGGGCUCUCUGUAUCAGAGGUCAUUGAGGGCUAUGAGAUGGCUUGCAGGAAGGCUCUGGAGAUUCUGCCGGAGCUCGUCUGCUCCUCCGCUAAGAACCUGCACGACCUGACCGAGGUCACGGCCUUGAUCCGGACGGCUGUGAUGAGCAAACAGUAUGGAAAUGAGGACUUCCUUGCCGACCUCAUUGCACAAGCUUGUGUUUCCAUCUUCCCCGAGUCUGGCAACUUCAAUGUUGAUAAUGUCCGUGUAUGUAAGAUUUUGGGUUGUGGUCUGAAUGCUUCAUCAAUGCUGCAUGGAAUGGUUUUCAAGAAAGAGGCAGAAGGAGACAUCACAACAGUUAAAGACGCUAAGAUCGUUGUAUUUUCCUGUCCAUUUGACUGCAUGGUUACUGAGACCAAGGGCACGGUGUUGAUAAAGAAUGCGGAGGAGCUGAUGACCUUCAGCAAAGGAGAGGAGGACCUGAUGGAGGCCCAGGUGAAGGCCAUCGCUGAAGCUGGCGCCAACGUGGUGGUGACCGGGGGCAAGGUGGCAGACAUGGCCUUGCACUACGCCAACAAGUACCAGCUCAUGGUAGUCCGCCUCAACUCCAAAUGGGACCUUAGAAGGUUAUGUAAAACUGUCGGUGCUGUAGCUUUGCCCAGAAUGACCAUCCCCACCCCCGAUGAGAUGGGUCACUGUGACAGCGUGUACCUGACGGAGGUCGGAGACACCCAGGUUGUGGUGUUCAAACAUGACAAAGAGGAUGGUGCCAUCUCUACACUGGUAAUUCGAGGUUCCACAGACAACCUGAUGGAUGAUAUUGAACGAGCUAUUGACGAUGGGGUGAACACCUUUAAGGUCCUUGUCAGGGACAAGAGAUUGUGCCCAGGCGCUGGCGCUACUGAAAUUGAGCUGGCUAAGCAGAUUAUGUCCUAUGGAGAGUCGUGCCCAGGUCUGGAGCAGUACUCCAUCAAGAAGUUUGCUGAGGCUUUUGAGGCUGUGCCGCGUGCCUUGGCCGAGAACUCUGGUGUGAAGGGCAACGAACUGAUCUCCAAGCUGUAUGCAGUUCACCACGAGGGCAACAAAAGCAUGGGCUUUGAUAUUGAGGGUGAAGGGCCUGCUGUGAAAGACAUGCUUGAGGCUGCCAUUUUGGACCCUUACCUGGUCAAACACUGGGGCAUCAAACUGGCCACCAAUGCAGCCAUCACUGUCCUCAGGGUCGAUCAGAUCAUUAUGGCGAAGCCAGCAGGGGGGCCUAAAGCUCCCAAACAGCAAGGCCAUUGGGACAAGGAUGGAUGGGAGGAGGAGCCUGAUAAAUUUGACACACACCAUUGAUAAGAAACUCCCUGAAAUGGGACAGAUCAUCAUGGCCAAGCCAGCAGGAGGACCCAAAGCUCCACAAGAGAAAAAAGACUGGGAUCAGGAUGAUUGAGGCACCCUUGUUUGCAAAAUGGCAUAUUCUCCUUUGCGAUUCAACUGUUUAUUUAAUAUCAGCACCAUGUUUUGUAUUGUUUUCUUUUCUUUUUAGAACAAGCUUCAAGUUCAUUCAUGUGAAUAGAAAUGGAUAGCUCAAUAGUUUGUCCCAAUAAAAGGCACUUGAGCUGUGAA